CAGACUCGGUGGAGCUCAGCACUGGGGUGCUGGUGGCAGCACUGAGGGUCCCCCACUGACCCAUCAUGGCGUCUGUUCUCACCGUCCUCCUCGGCUGCUGGCUGGCCGGGCAGAGCAGGGUGUCAGGACAGGGGUCCUACCCCAAACCCUCCAUCUCCGUCAGCCCCAGAGGGGUGAUCCCCAUGGGGGGAAAGGUCACCAUCCGGUGUCGGCAUCAGGACUGGGGCAUGAGGUUCCUCCUCUACAAGGAUGGAGCUGGGAACUAUCUGAAUUACACAGACCCUGCCGGCUCUGAGGCUGAAUUUCCCAUCACCAGCGCCAGACGGGAACACGGGGGCAGCUACACCUGUCGUUAUAUCUACAGAUCAGGAGGAACUGUCUACUCGGAGCUCAGCGACCCUGUGCAGAUCAUUGUAGCAGAGCUCAGCUACCCCAAACCCAGCAUCUCCCUGAGCCCCAGCUGGGGGGUCUCCCUGGGGGCAGCCGUGACCGUCCGGUGUCAGGGACAGCGCCGGGGCAUGCGCUUCGUGCUGAAUAAAGAGCAUCGCCAUUUCCCACCUCUGGAUUCGGACGGGUUUGAGGCUGAGUUUCCCAUAAGCAUCAUGAGCUGGGAGGACAGUGGGAGCUACAGCUGCUUCUAUCACAGCAGAUCAGAGCCAUUCACCAUGUCGUACCCCAGCAACCCCGUGGAGCUGGUGGUGAGAGAUCGCAGCUUAUCCAAACCCUCCAUAUCUCUGAGCCCCACCGGGGUCACCGCCCCAGGGGCAGACGUCACCAUCCGGUGUCAGGGGCAGCGCCAGGACGUGAGGUUCUUCCUGCACAAGGCUGGAGACCUGAACCCACAGCGACACAUGGACCCUGCUGGGGCCGGGGCCGAGUUCCGCAUCCCCAGCGUGGGCCGGCAGCACGGAGGGAGCUACAGCUGCAGCUACCGGCCCCGGUCACAGCCCUUCAUUUCGUCGUACGCCAGCAGCUCUGUGGAGCUGGUGGUAGCAGAUGAGGGGCCCGGCUCCACGGCCCUGCUCCCAGCCACACCCUCAGAAGGCGGAUUGGAAUUGCCGGCACGUCCGGGUCUGACUAAUCCCAUGAUCGCCGGGGCAAGCGCAGCAGCCGCCGGCCUCCUCCUCCUCCUCCUCCUCGUGGCCUUCGUCUGCUUCAGAAAAACCCGAGCCAGAAAACGAGACGCACCAAGACCGAGCAGCACCAGCCCCUUGGUGGUGUUGAAGGCCCCGGCUCAGCAAGACCCCGUCUAUGCCUCCGUCGACGAAGGGAAAGAGCUGCAGACCCUGCCCCAGGAGCCCGAUCCCGACGGACUCACCUACGCUGAGCUGAACCACCAGGCGCUGCAGGCCAAGCAGGGGGGCCUGGCCCCUGACCCUGACCCUGUCCAGCCCAGUGUCUACGCCGCGAUCAACAUGAGCCAGGGUGGCCCCCUGCAGUGAGAGCCCCCCGCAGCCACGGGGCGCCGGCCCCCAGCAUGUGACAGACUCAGACUCACAGACCUUAAGGCCAGAAGGGUCCAUCGUGAUCAUCUGGUCUGAGCUGCUGCACUUCGCAGGCCGCAGAGCCUCACCCACCCACUCCUGUAGCAGACCCCAGCGUCCGGCUGAGUCACUGACGGCCUCAAAUCAUGGGUUAGAGACUUCAAGUUACAGAGAAUCCACCAUUGACACUAGUUUAAACCUGCCAGUGCCCCGCGCCCCAGGCUGCAUAUGAAGGUAAAACACCUGCAGGGUCUCUGCCAAUCUGACCUGGGGGAAAUUCCUUCCUGACCCCAGAUACGGCGACCAGUUAGACCCUGAGCACGUGGGCAGGACCCACCAGCCAGUAACUUGGGGGUGGAUUCUCUGUAGUAACUCAGAGCCCUCCCCAGCGAGUGUCCCGUCUCCGGCCGUUGGAGAGAUUUGCUGCUAGCAGUCGCGGAUCAGCUCCAUGCCCUUGUGGGAUGUCUCCUCAUCCCGUCCCCUCCAGAAAUGCCUCAAGCUCAGUCCUGAAGCCAGUUAUGUUCCUUGGGAGGUUGCUCCAGAGCUUCGCUCCUCUGAUGGUUGGGCCUUGUCUACACUGCAGAGUAUCGACAAAAAGCGCCAUAACAAUAUCGCUAUUGCACAUUCACACUGCGCUUCCUCUGCCGGCAGAUCGCAUCCACGUUUGGUGCUCCAGCGUCGACAGCGAGAGCAGUGCAUUGUGGGUAGUUAUCCCACCGUGCUACUCAGCACUUUCUGCAGCUAGGACUUGU